AUGGCUCCAGAUAAACAUUCCAAAGUUUUCGUCACCAGCCAUUUAUUUAGCAGAAUCUUAUCUUCGGAAACCAGACGAGAACUUAAGCAGUUGAUAAGCCUAUCAUGGCUGCCAAUUCUCACAAAUGUCUUGCAUAAUACCUUAUUUACCAUCAGCCUUCUCUUUGCGGGGAGAUUAGGCGAACAAGAACUAGCAGCGACAGUUUUAUCCACUUCGUUUAUUGGAGUUACUGGAACAUUUCUCGGCUCUGGCUUGAUCACUGCUUUAGAAGUUUUAUGCACGAAGGCUUUUCGGAACAGAAGCUAUCGACUUGUGGGGAUAACGUUUCAGAGAGGAGUUUGGCUUCUAGGGAUUUCUGUGCUGUUUGUUUGGGCCAUUUGGACUAAUGCAGAACUGCUGCUGCUGAUAAUCAAACAGAAAAGAGAAAUAGUCAGACUCUCGCAACUGUUCAUUUUCGUUUGGUUUCCAGCUCUGGUUGCAGAUUUUGCGUUUGUUUUAAUUCAAAGAUAUCUCCAAAUACAGGGUGUUUUCAAGCCUGUCAUUUACACCGUUGCUACCGCAAGCAUUAUGCAUGUUGGGAUCAAUGUUGUAUUAAUUCAUGGAUUACAGAUUGGUUUCCUGGGCGUGGCCUUAGCGUCAUGCCUUACACACUGUCUGUUCCUCGGCCUCUCCUCGUUUCUCUACCUCUUUUUCUCUAAGCUUUACCACAGAACCUGGCCUUCAGAAGGCUGGACGAUAGAAAGCCUGCAGCAUUGGAAUCAGUUCACCAUGUUGGCUGCACCAGGCACGCUUAUGCUAUGUGUUGAAUGGUGGAGCUUUGUUGUGGGAAUUUUUCUAAUGGGAACGCUCGGACAAAAGCAACUGGCGGUCCAUGGUAUAUUGAUGCAGUUUUCAAGCUUUGUAUAUAUGAUUUCUAUAGGUUUUUCUCAUGCUGUUACUGUUAGAGUAACGAAUGAAUUGCGAAAAGGCGACCACACCAGAGCGAAAAAUGUUGUAAACAUUUCUUUGGUGGCAGUUUGUUGCUUUUCCAUUGUAAUGUCGGUGUUUCUUAACGGUCUAAACGAACAUCUUGGGAAAGCCUUCACAGACGACAGGGCGAUCGCAAGUUUUGUCAGAAAAGUCACUCCAGCGAUGACGGGAUUUUCAUUUUUCCAAAGUCUCCAAGUCAUAUGUUGCAGCGUCAUUCGAGGUGUUGGUCGAGCAAAGCUCGCUCUUUUUCUCAACUUCUUUUUCCACUUCUUUGUUUCCGUGCCUCUGGGAUCAUGUUUCGCCUUCUACGUCUUUAAAGAAGAAGUUGAAGGUUUCUGGUGGGGUCUUACGACUGGACUCAGUCUGCAGUGUCUCUUAUUCAUUGCCUUAAUCAGGAGGAUAGAUUGGGAACUAUAUGUUAGGAAGGCCCGUCGUAGGUUGACUCGACAACGACUUAGGUCACCUCUCGAAUGGAGCACUGGAACUGGACAAGAAUACGAAGAGAGCAAGCUUGUUCCUUCAGAGCCAGAUCUCAUCGUUACCUGGCUUUCCAGAACCUCAUCGUUAUUUUCAGUAAACACGAACAGCUUACGAGAAUUUAGAAAUCCAACAAACCCUGUCAUGUCCUGGAUCUACCGCUCGUCGUCUCUUCUUAGCCUCAAUAACAUUCCGCUUAGGGCCAUGAACACGGACCAAGAGCAAGUCCUUCUCGAGGAUGGGCCUUUGCGACAAGAUUGCUCAACCGUAUCUAAGCAACAUAUUAGUGUCCAUGGGAACAAGCUAACUUUAAAGGAGAAGCGCAAGUUAAUACUGCGCAGACUCGUAUGGUUGAUGUUUGCGGUAUUUUUGUUGCUUACCGCCAUAGUUGUGCGAGUUAAAUUCCCAGCACCAGAAGAACAAGAACAGGAAGUGUUAAGGGAUGCCAGUCUGACGGAGCUAUCGAUAAAUUCAACGAGGAACUAAGUCGAAGCGACAAAGCAUGGCAAUUUUCCGCCAAAUACCAGAAGCAUGAAGAGAAAUUCAAUAAAU